AUGCCACAAUCCGAACCUUCAGCUAACCAACCAGAGACCACCAGUAGACAUCCAGAGGAUGCACCAGAGCCUAUGGAAGUUGAUAAGGCUCCUAUGGGGAGAACCUUGAGGAAGAGAAAGGAAAAUGUUGCUAAGCAUCUGAAGAACGGAGCUAAUGAGAAGGAGAUUGACAGUUUCCGUAAGAGAGUGCUCAGGAUUCCACUGGAGAAACCAUUCGAGGAGGUCUACUUUACCCACAGAUUGUGGAUGUUCUUCAGAGAGACCAAGGAGACUGAAGAGGACAUUAGGAGAAUGUUCCAUGAGGCGAGAGACAAGAUGAAGAAUAAGAUUACACUGAAGAAAAAGAGUGAUCCUGGGAAGUUUGCAAUUCCAUGUCUGGUGAAGGGUAUUGAGUUCCCUCAUGCCUUAUGCGACACAGGAGCAUCAGUCAGCAUUCUACCUACGGUUAUGGCAAACCAUCUAGGUAUGAAGGUAAAACCUUCCAAAGAAUCGUUCACUUUUGUGGAUUGUUCUCAGAGGAACUCAAGAGAGAUUGUCAGAGACCUUGAGUUGCAGAUUGGUAAAGCCCCAGUUCCAGUAGGUUUCCAUGUCUUGGAUAUCAAGCUAAACUGGAACUCGUCUCUAUUGCUUGGAAGAGCUUUCUUAUCAACAGUAGGAGCAAUAUGCAACAUGCAAACCAACCAGUUGUGCCUGGCGCUCAUAGACCCGCACGUCCACUAUGAUCCAAUUCCAGUCAUAAAGCCACAUACGUCCUCCAGAAGAAUCGAUGAUCCAUGA